AACAUCAUCAGCUCUGUACAAAGAUCUCAUAGCUUCUUUUCCAAGACAAUCGGGAUCAAAAGAAGUUAGGAGAAAUUUGCUCCCUCCUUGGAACCGGCCGCUGCAAUGGACGUCCAGCCUCAUCUGGGUCCAGCUGCGGCCAAGCGGAGUCGGAGAAAAGACGAAACAGUCAAGUUUUUGCCAGCCCUACCCACUCACCGGGCAAAACCGUCAUGGCAGCAGACGCAGCCCUCCUUUAAGUUGUUUUCUGGCGGCCCACCGUCCAUGAUGUCAGCGGGCACUUCUGGGGACCCUUGGACUACUACUGGUCUGCCUCCUCUGAAGGACAGGACUGGUACCAGACCUCUGCCACCAUCCGCUGCUGAGACACUUCACACUGGUCAGAAGAGGCCACGGAGUCGCUCAUGGGAGCCUCAGUCCCAGCUGACCCCCAUCUCCAAAAGAAGAGGAGGCGGGGCCACUGGAGUUAGACCACUCCCCCCAACCAGCAGACAACAUCAGCGGUCCCAAACUGCUGGCUCAGCAUUCUCCAGACCCAGGAAACAGAGAGAGCAAUUCAGGAGUGCCCUCGUCAGACUCAUACUACAUGGGAAAGGAGUGGAUGAGGAGGAAGAAGAGGGAAGAGAGGGGCCAGUCACUGGUCGGUCGUCUUCCCCUACCAGUGCAGAUAUUGACCUCCUGCGCUACCUGUACUACAUCAACAAUGGAGUGGACACGGAGCACGUGGCUCCGCUGGAGGACUCCUGGAUAUCCAACAUAUUGGCCAGGGUCGGCUCUGGGACAGACCCGGCCGGGAACUCUCUCGUGACAAAGUUCUCUGGCGGUGUUGAGUUCCUCUCAGAUGAAGUGAGGGAAGAAUAUCUCCUCUCAGUCAAGAAAUCCAUCGUGGACUUUGUUCUGAAAGACCCGAGGCCCAAACAGCAGACGGCGGAAGUCCCCAAGUUGCCCCACAGGCAGGAACUGGAGGUGGUUCCAAAACCCUGGAACCAAACCUUCCUCACGGCGGGGAUGGCCAUGUCAGAGACUCUGUUUGUCACCAACCCCACUGUGGCUGCCAUGCUCAGGAUCUGGCACCAGGAGUACACACACUACCGACUGGUAAACUGUGCGGGUCUCCUGAGCAGAAGCGAGGUGUACGAGAUGGCCGACUUUGACCGAGUGGUCAAGAGAGACCUCGAGAGCUCCAAAACCCUCCUCACCACAAAGUGGCUACCGGCGCUGCAGAACAUCUUCUUCCUGGGAAACAAGAGGAAACAGAUCCCACUGGACCACCUGGAGGCCUUCUUUGACGGCAUCGCCGUGGUGAUGACCAAUCAGCUGCGAGAGAUGACGCUGGCGAGCAUAGCCGACUACCUGCAUGUCUUCUGCCCUGUCAAGGAAGAGAAGUGUGCGGGGAUAUUCUCGGGGUUCUCGCUCAACCUUGUCGUUAGUGGCACUGUUCUCAAGUUUGAGCCCGAUCCAAGUGGAUUUGAGGUGCUGGUGACAAACACAUUUGACAAGAUGCUGACAGUGGUGAACUGUGUGCCUCGUGUGGAGACAAAACUCUACCCCAACGAGGGCUCCACUCCUGCAAAACCAAACCUCUCCCCGACCAUCUCUCCACAGCUACUCACUGAUGCGAAAGCAAAGGUCAAGGUGGUGCUGGAAGAAGGGAUGAAGGGACCACAAGAACACAUCAAGAGAUUUGAGAAGUACCAGCCACUGAUCACAAGAGAGGCAGAGGAUGAGGCAGAGAAGUUCAUGAAAGAAGAGCACACUUUCUUGGAGUACGAGAAGCAGGUCUACAAGUACCAGGAGCUUGUGUCUGAGCUGCAGUAUGAAGUGGAGAAGCUGGUUCCACUGGGUCUGUUUGAGCUCCACUGUGACGAGGCAGUUCGCAGUCUGGCCAAGAGGGCCUCUGACAUCAUAACCCAGCUCCUGACUCGCAUGGCUCAGGAAAACCAGAGACUCAACCAGCAACUGCGCAAGGAGUAUGAGGCCAUAGCCGACAAGGCCCUGACCACGCCCACAGACACGGAGCACCUGAUGGCUCUGAAAGAGGAGAUGUCGGCCGCCACGGAGAAGACUCUGCCUCAGCUGGAGACCAGAGUCAUCGAGGCCAGACACAGAGUGGAAUUCUUAUUGGAGCACACGACAGUGUCCCACUCUGAGGUGAAGCUGAAUGUGGACACCUUCCGCUGGCUGGAGAGGAUCCCUCCCAUCCUGGAGGAACACAAUGACAUCAUCACACGCAGUCGCAAAGAGAAAGAGGACGCCCUCAAGUUCCGCAGGGAUCGGUUCAAGGCGGAGCUGGAGAGCUACGAGAAGCAGCUCAAGGAGUUUGAGACGUUCGGGGACCUCCAGGAGGUCCGCCGCUACCAGAAGAAGGCCCAGGCCAUGAAGACCCGGCUGGACGAGGCCCUGGAGAAGAUCGAGGGUUUCAACACCGAGGAGGAUGCCUUUGACUGGGAGAGGUCGCAGUACCCUCAGAGGAACAAGCUGGUCAACACUCUGGACCCCUACCACAAGCUGUAUAGCACCAUCAUCGAGUUCCAGAACAAACACGACGGGUGGAUGGAUGGUCCGAUGAGCGGGGUGGACCCCGAUCAGGUGGAGAAUGAUGUGGGGAGCAUGUGGAGGACCCUCUACAAGAUGGAAAAGUCCUUAUCAGAGUACCCCAACCCUCUCAAGAUGGCUCAGAAAACCAAGACUCGUGUGGACAACUUCAAGGAGCUGCAGGGUCUGAUAGCAGCUCUCUUCAACCCAGGUCUCCGGGGACCGUCACUGGGAGAAGAUGAGCUCCAUCGCUGGACAAGACCUCCACCCCACUGAGGACUCGAGCCUGCGUAAGUAUGUUGAGAUGAACCUGGAGACUCACCUGGAGCAGUUUGAGAACAUCAGCGAGGCAGCCAGCAAGGAGUUUAGCCUCGAGAAGGCCAUGAACAGGAUGAUGGAGGAGUGGGGAGCGGUGGAGUUCAUUCUGAUAAGCUAUCGUGAGACGGGCACAAAGAUACUCUCCUCCAUUGACGACAUUCAGAAUCUGCUAGACGACCACAUCGUCAAGACACAGACAAUGAUGGGGUCUCCUUUCAUCAGACCCUUUGAUGAAGAGAUCAAGGAGUGGGAAGGGAAGCUGCUGUUGGUGCAGGAGAUUCUCGACGAGUGGCUCAAGGUCCAGGCCACCUGGCUCUAUUUGGAGCCCAUCUUCUCCUCACCGGACAUCAUGGCCCAGAUGCCAGAGGAGGGACGCAGGUUCAACCAGGUGGACAAGAACUGGAGAGACAUCAUGAAACAGGCUGACCCGGACACCCAUGUGCUGGUGGUUAUCACGAUCGACAAGAUGUUGGAACGACUCAAGAAGUCCAACGAACUUCUCGAACUCAUCAUCAAGGGUCUCAAUGAGUAUCUGGAGAAGAAACGACUCUACUUCCCGAGGUUCUUCUUCCUCUCCAAUGACGAGAUGCUCGAGAUUCUCUCAGAGACCAAGGACCCGACUAGGGUUCAGCCGCAUUUGAAGAAGUGUUUUGAGGGUAUUGCUCGUCUGACGUUCACCAAGGAUUUGGACAUAACCCAGAUGAGGAGCACAGAGGGAGAAGAGGUUCCCCUGAAUAAGGUGAUCUCUACCUCAGAGGCCAGAGGACAGGUUGAGAAGUGGCUGCUGCAGCUGGAAGGGAUCAUGGUCUCCAGUAUACACAUGGUGAUUGAGAAGGCUCUGGUUUCCUAUGCCGAGGUUCCUCGAGUGGAGUGGGUGGUGGGCUGGCCAGGCCAGGCCGUACUCUGCGUGUCUCAGAAGUACUGGACUGCUUUUGUCCACGAGGCCAUCAGGGGCGGACAAAAGGCCUUGGAAGACUACCUGGAGGUAAACAACAAGCAGAUCGACGACAUUGUCAAGAUGGUGAGAGGGAAGCUUAGCAAGCAGAACAGGACCACCCUCGGGGCUCUGGUGGUACUGGAUGUCCACUCCAGGGAUGUCCUGGCCAAACUUGUCGCUGACAAGGUAUCGAGUGAGAUGGACUUCAACUGGCUGAGUCAGAUGAGGUACUAUUGGGAGGAGGAGCACAUCAUGACUCGGAUGAUCAACUCCCAGCUGGCCUAUGGCUACGAGUACCUCGGAAACUCUGCCAGACUCGUCAUAACUCCACUGACUGACAGGUGCUAUCGUACUCUAUUUGGAGCUCUCCAUCUCCACCUGGGCGGGGCUCCUGAGGGCCCGGCUGGCACGGGCAAGACAGAGACAGUGAAAGAUCUGGCCAAAGCUGUAGCCAAGCAGUGUGUGGUGUUCAACUGCUCUGAUGGACUGGACUACAUAGCUCUCGGGAAGUUCUUCAAGGGACUGGCAUCGUGCGGUGCCUGGUCGUGCUUCGACGAGUUCAACCGCAUCGACCUGGAGGUGCUGUCAGUGGUGGCCCAGCAGAUCAUGACGAUCCAGCGAGGGAUCAGCUCUGGGAGCAACACUCUCCUCUUUGAGGGCACAGAGAUCAAGCUGGACCCCACUUGCGCCGUGUUCAUCACAAUGAACCCUGGAUAUGCAGGUCGUUCAGAGCUCCCAGAUAAUCUGAAGGCUCUGUUUCGAACGGUGGCCAUGAUGGUGCCAGACUACGCCAUGAUUGCAGAGAUUGUGCUCUACUCGUGCGGGUUUGUCAACGCCAGACCGCUCUCGGUCAAGAUUGUAGCCACGUACCGACUCUGCUCGGAGCAGCUCUCCUCCCAGCACCACUACGACUAUGGGAUGAGGGCCGUCAAGUCUGUCUUGACUGCUGCAGGAAACUUGAAGCUAAAGUACCCAGAUGAGAACGAAGACAUCCUCAUGCUCAGAUCAAUCACAGACGUCAACCUGCCCAAGUUCCUGUCCCACGAUCUCCCUCUGUUUGAGGGAAUCACGUCGGAUCUGUUUCCCGGCGUGAAGCUCCCUGAGCCUGACUACUCCAUCCUGGCCCCUGCCUGCCGCGCCGCCUGCGAGAGGAUGAACCUCCAGUGUACCAAGAUCUUUCUGGACAAGGCACUGCAGAUCUAUGAGAUGAUGAUUGUCCGUCACGGUUUCAUGAUUGUUGGGGAGCCGUUUGGAGGCAAGACCUCUGCAUACAGAGUUCUUGCUUCAGCUCUCACGGAAAUCUGCGAGAAGGGUCUGAUGGGUGAAAACAAGGUCCAGAUCAUAGUCAUCAACCCGAAAUCAAUCACCAUGGGGCAGCUGUACGGGAGAUUCGACCCAGUCUCCCACGAGUGGUCCGAUGGAAUCCUCGCCGUCAGCUACAAGACUUUUGCCAACUCUAGCACACCGGACCGCAAGUGGCUCAUUUUCGACGGGCCGGUGGAUGCCAUCUGGAUCGAGAACAUGAACACUGUGCUGGAUGACAACAAGAAGCUGUGUCUGAUGAGUGGAGAGAUCAUCCAGCUCUCUCCCACCACCAACCUCAUCUUUGAGCCCAUAGACCUCGAAGUCGCCUCACCUGCUACAGUGUCCAGGUGUGGUAUGGUAUACAUGGAGCCAGACAUGCUGGGUUGGGACCCUCUCCUCACCUCCUGGCUCAACACCCUCCCUCCCACAUUCACCGAGUCCCUCAGAGAGCUCAUUGUCUCACUGUACCACCGCAUGGUCCCCUCCUCCCUCGACUUUGUACGCAAGUCGGGUUUCAAGGAGCUGUCUCCUACGACAGAUGCCAACCUGACUCGCUCGCUCAUGAAUAUUCAUGAGAGUCUCCUGGAUGAGUUCAAGGACGAGGCAAAGUUCAACCAGCUGGGUCUCACCGACGAGCAAAAAGAGGCCUGGAUCAUGGGGACGUUUCUGUUUGGCAUGGUGUGGUCCAUUGGAGGCAGUGUGGGAAUCAAAGGCAGGAAGGCCUUCAACCUACUCCUGAGAGAGAUCGUCCAGGGCCCCCUCUUGCCAAAGACAAAAUCUCUCUACCACCUCUAUGAGAAGUGUGAAGCUCCCAAAAAGCCGUUUCCCGUCCCUUUCCCCGAAGAAGGGGAGGUGUACGAUUACGAGUUCGUCAAGGAGGGGCUGGGGAAGUGGGUGGCCUGGUCCACAAAGUUGGCUGAUGCUAAACCCAUUCCAAAAGACGCCCAGUUUAACUCUAUCAUCAUUCCCACUGUUGAUACAAUUCGAACCACCUACCUCAUGGAUGUGUGCGUGAAACACGAAAAGCCGUGUCUCUUCGUGGGUCCCACGGGCACUGGAAAGUCCGUCUACAUACAGGAUUACAUAUUGAACCGGCUGCCCAAGGAGACAUACAAGCCAGUCAUGAUCAACUUCUCGGCGCAGACCUCGGCCAACCAGACCCAGAACAUCAUCCUCUCCAAGCUGGACAAGAGACGCAAGGGACUGUUUGGACCUCCCAUGGGCUGCAAGACUAUUGUGUUUGUGGAUGACCUGAACAUGCCAACCAGAGAGGUGUACGGAGCCCAGCCGCCUAUUGAGCUGUUGAGACAGUGGAUGGACCACUGGAACUGGUAUGACCUCAAGGAAAACACCAAGGUGAACCUGACGGACAUUAUACUGAUAGCGGCCAUGGGUCCACCGGGAGGAGGUCGUAACCCCAUCACCCCGCGGUUCCUCCGACACUUCAACACCUUCACCAUCAACGAGUUUGAGAGCGACACGAUGAAGCUCAUCUUCAGCCGCAUCAUGGACUGGCACCUCAGCAAGAGUUUCUCGGCCGAGAUGAAAUCUCUUGGCACGCAGAUUGUGGCAGCCACCAUGGACGUGUACAAAUCGGCCAUGAGCAGCCUCCUGCCCACCCCAGCCAAGUCUCACUACCUCUUCAACCUGAGGGACUUUGCCAGGGUCAUCCAGGGAGUCCUCCUCAGUGUACCCACCUCCAUAACCGACCAGGACACACUUAAACGCUUGUGGAUCCACGAGGUGAUGCGAGUGUACUACGAUCGUCUGGUGGACGACUCUGAUAGACUCUGGCUGACCAACUUCCUCAAAGAGUGCACGCAGAACAACUUUGGCACCAACUUUGACGAGCUCUUCAAACACCUUGACUCCAACAGCGAUGGAGUGGUUGAGGAAGAUGACCUUCGAAGUCUCAUGUUCUGCGACUUUGUGGACCCCAAGAAUGACGCCAAGCCCUACACGGAGGUGGUGAACGUGGACAAACUGAGACUGGUGGCUGAGAACUUUCUCGACGAGUACAACAACAUCAGCAAGAAACCGAUGAACCUCGUCCUCUUCAGGUUUGCCAUAGAGCAUGUGUGUCGGAUCAGUCGUGUUCUGAAGCAGCCACGGAGCCACGCCCUCCUGGUGGGGGUGGGAGGGAGUGGUCGACAGUCCCUCACAAGAAUUGCAGCCUACAUGGCCGACUACGAAGUCUUCCAGGUGGAGAUUGGGAAGGGCUACACGUCGGUGGAGUGGAGAGAGGAUCUGAAAAAGAUCCUCAGGAAGAGUGCAGAGGGAGACUCCCACGCCGUCUUUCUCUUCACUGACACACAGAUCAAGGAGGAAAACUUUCUGGAGGACAUUGGAAAUCUGCUCAACACUGGGGAAGUCCCCAACAUGUUUCCCAUUGACGAGAAGAACGAGAUAUGCAGCAAGAUGCGACAGAUUGACAAGCAAAGGGAGAAGUCAAAGCAGACAGACGGGACACCGCUCUCUUUGUUCAACUUCUUUGUGGACAGAGUUAGGGAGCAGCUCCACGUGGUACUGGCCAUGAGUCCCAUCGGUGACGCCUUCAGAAACAGAGUCCGCAUGUUCCCCUCCCUCAUCAACUGCUGCACCAUCAACUGGUUCCAGAGCUGGCCAGAUGAUGCCCUCACCAUUGUGGCCCAGAGGUUCCUGGACGAAGUGGAGAUGGACGAAAGCAUCAAGGACGGCUGCGUGGAGAUGUGCAAAGAGUUCCACCAGACUACGAGGAAACUGUCAGACCGCUACCUUGCCACGCUCCAGAGACACAACUACGUGACCCCCACCUCUUACCUGGAGCUCAUCUCCACCUACAAGACCCUCCUCUCCAUGAAAAGAAGUGAGGUUCAGAAGUUGCGGCGGCGCUACGAGGUGGGACUAGACAAGCUGCAGUCAGCCAGUGACCAGGUGGCCGGGAUGCAGGAGGAACUGGAGAACCUCAAACCCAAACUGGAAGAGUCCAGCAAACAGGUGGCAGAGAUGAUGGUGGUCAUCACGAAAGAGAGCAAAGACGUGGCAGAGAAGGAGACAGUGGUGAAGGCAGAUGAGGAAGUCGCCAACAAGCAGGCCAUGGCAGCCAAGGCCAUCAAGGACGAGUGUGACGCUGACCUGGCUGAGGCCAUUCCCAUCCUCGAGUCUGCUAUCUCUGCACUCAACACUCUCAGCUCUCAGGACAUCACUGUGGUUAAGACGAUGAAGAGUCCUCCAUCAGGAGUGAAGCUGGUCAUGGAGGCAAUCUGCAUUCUCAAGGGAGUCAAGCCUGACAGGAUCCCCGACCCUUCCGGCUCUGGGAAGAAGAUUGAGGAUUUUUGGGGGCCAUCCAAAAAGUUGCUGGGAGACAUGAAAUUCCUCCAGUUACUCAAGGAAUAUGACAAGGACAACAUCCCGCAAGCUUACAUCACUAAAAUCCGCAACGAGUAUGUCACCAAUCCGGACUUUGACCCCCCCAAGAUCAAGAACGCAUCCACAGCAGCGGAAGGCCUGUGCAGAUGGGUCCUUGCCAUUGAGAAAUAUGAAAAAGUGGCUCGAGUAGUGGCUCCAAAGAAAGCCAAACUAAAGGAAGCCGAGGCAGAGCUCAAAGUGGCUAUGGAGUCCCUGAACAAGAAGAGGGCAAACCUGAGGGCAGUGCAGCAGAAACUGGCAGACCUCCGGGCACAGUUUGACGAGAACAUGGCCAAGAAAGAGCAGCUGGAGAGAGAUGUCGACAUGUGCACCAAGAAACUCGACCGGGCUGAGAAGCUGAUAGGUGGUCUUGGAGGAGAGAAGACGAGGUGGUCACAGGCUGCCAAGGACCUCGGCAUCCAGUACAAUAACCUGACUGGAGAUGUUCUGGUGUCGUCUGGUAUUGUGGCCUACCUCGGAGCCUUCACCUCUGCCUUCAGAUCUGAUCAAACAAAGAUGUGGUGCAAAAUGUGUGUACAGCGCAACAUUCCCUGCUCCUCUGAUUUCUCCCUCACCUCUACUCUUGGACGGCAGGUCAAAAUACGCGAGUGGAACAUUGCUGGGCUGCCGACCGACUCUUUCUCUGUGGAAAAUGGCAUCAUCAUCAGUAAUGCCCGUCGCUGGCCGCUCCUGAUUGACCCGCAGGGCCAGGCCAACAAGUGGAUCAAAAACAUGGAGAAAUUGCACAACCUCCACGUCAUAAAACUCACAGACAGCGACUUUGUCCGAACGCUCGAGAACUGCAUCCAGUUUGGGAACUCCGGUUCUCCUGGAAAACGUUGGGGAGGAGAUUGACCCAAUCCUGGAGCCACUCCUCCUCAAACAGACUUUCAAACAGGGAGGCAGCAUCUGUAUCAAGCUGGGAGACAGCACCAUCGAGUACUCCAAGGACUUCCGGUUCUACAUUACCACCAAGCUGAGGAACCCACACUACCUCCCAGAGACCUCAGUCAAGGUGACUCUGCUGAACUUCAUGAUCACAAUGGAGGGUCUGCAGGACCAGCUGCUGGGGAUCGUGGUGGCAAGAGAGAGGCCAGAGCUGGAGGAGGAGAAGAAUCAGCUCAUCCUCCAGUCUGCACAGAACAAAAAGUA